GUCUCCUUCUCCCUCAGUCUCACUCCUCUAUCACUCCAUCUUCACUCCUCUAUCAUGACCUCCAAGUGCCCUAGAUGUGAAAAGCCAGUGUUCUUCGAGCCCCAGUCCCAGCUGAAGAGAAGCAGAACCACAGCACGGUGCUACCACCACCAUGCUUCACCCUGGGUAUGGUGUUCUUUGGGCGAGAAGGUGAGCUCUCUGGGGAAGAACUGGCACCGUUUCUGUCUGAAAUGUGAACGCUGUAAUAAGAUUCUCUCUCCUGGAGGCCAUGCUGAGCAUGAUGGGUUGCCGUACUGUCACAAACCCUGCUACGGAACCCUGUUUGGUCCAAAAGGUGUGAAUAUUGGAGGGGCGGGGUCUUAUAUUUAUGACACGCCCCCUCAGACACCAUGUGACGGAUCUUCAGAGGUUUCGCCCACAACACCAUGGUCCAGCUCUCACAUCGAGCAUCAUCAACCCAAAAUACCAGCUGUCCCAAUCCGGAUGUUUUCUGGAGAGACGUCUCUGUGUCCCGGCUGUGGGAAAGUCGUUUACUUUGCGGAGAGAGUGAUGUCACUGGGUCGUAACUGGCACCGGCCGUGUCUGCGCUGCGAGCGGUGCAACAAAACACUGACCUCUGGAGGACAUGCUGAGCAUGAAGGUCGGCCGUACUGUCACGUGCCCUGCUACGGUUACCUGUUCGGCCCGAAAGGUGUGAACAUCGGUGAGGUGGGCUGUUACGUUUACGAGCAGGACGAGAACGAGAUUCUCAGUUAAUUCACAACGAGCUGAAAUUAAAAGGAACCGCGGUCAGGAACAGGAUUAUUUUCACCUCCAUGUUUUUAUCUGUAAUAAAUUUACAUGAAUAAUAAUCAGCUGGAAAAUAUUACACUAUUUAAUAUUUUAUAAACUGAAUUUUAUAAACACACACACGCGCAUGCACGCACGCACGCACACACACUCACGUGAUGUCACACACUUUAUUAAUGUUCACGUGUUGUAAUCAUGUCCUGUAUAUUUACAUUUAUAUAAAAGAUAAAUAUUGAAAGUUAGCUGCAGUUCCGUUUUGAAAUAAAUCUGAUCAGAGCUGAGUUUUUACACAUUCAUGUAACGUGCACGUUAAUAAAUAAAUAAAUAAAUAAAUAAAUAAAUAAAUAAAGUUAUAAACAUUCACAGUUUUGUCCUUUUUUUUCUAGAACAUGAACAUGUAAUAAUUUAAUUUAUCGGAAGACUAGCUUAACAAUGAAUAAUAUUUAUAGAUGAACACAAUAAUACAUUAAUAAGAUGAUGUUUUAUAACGUAGGUGUUAAACUAUAGUUAGGAAAAGUGCACUUUAUUACACUGAGUAAAACCUCACAGUAACGAUUAUUUAAACAUCUCUCCAUCACACACUCCACUGUAUU